AUGGAAGCUCACGAAAUCCUCGGUAUCUCAAAAUACGCGUCGGAAGAUCAGAUUAGGGCUGCCUACAAGGCUUUGGCUAUGAAAUGGCAUCCCGACCGCCAAUUAAAUAAUUCUGAAGAGGCUACUGCCAAAUUCGCCGAAAUUAAUAAGGCUAACCGAACUAUGCUCCGUAACCUUCGUCGCGCUCGUCGGGCAGCACAGGCCGGGCAAACUCCCUCAGCGUCGGAGUGUUCUGCACCACCUUCUCCCCAGUCGGCCACCACAUCCUUGUCUGAAUCAUCGACAUGUUAUUCGGCUUCUCAAUCGAGAGCGUCAUCUCCGGCACAGAGAUCGUUAGAGUUGCCUUCGAGUUCUUCUGCGACUUUAGACCCUUUUUCGUCUCCUCGGUCCUCUUCCUCCGAUCUACGUCACACUCGAGGAGGGGAUCAAAGUCCAAAGUCAGUCAGGCAUCCCGCUGCGGACACCCUAAACUCCCACGCGUCUCCGAAAUCGUUCCUUUACCCUCUUUCGACAGAUCCGCUACGUAACAAAAUACGAAAGAGUUCGAAAUCGAAAAACCCCGAUCUGGAGUUAAAUGCAUGCGAAGACGAAGACAACCAGCCUUUACUCCACCACGGCGGACGCGACGUCAAGACCUUGCGUCCUGGGCGCGUCGCGCUGCACGGAACCGGGGCCGAAGUCCCACGAACAUGGACACACACCCUUCACAUGAGCCUCGAGGACAUCUAUCGCGGGAAGACGUUUCAUUUCCGCGUCGUUCGGUAUACGCGAUCAGGCAGGAAGCACGUUUUGCCUGUGAGCGUUCGCGUGCCUUCGGGCAGCCGCGGUGGGACUGAGGUCAUCGUCCAGGGCGCUGGGAAUGAGUGCAAAGACGGCUCGUGGCAGGAUCUCAGCUUCAUUGUGAAAGAGACCAAGCACGAGAAAUUUAAGCGCGUUCAUAAUGAUCUGAUUUUGGAGAUCAGGCUUCCUUGGGUUGAAAGUUUGAAUAGCCAGGAGGGGCAAGUUUACCUUCAGGGCAUCGACGAAAAAGACUAUUUGUUCAAGGUCGAUUAUCAUAUCACCCGGCUUUUGAGUGGAACUGCGGUUAUACCGGGCGCUGGAAUGCCCUGCCGUGACGGAGGCGGUCGAGGUCGGAUUAUUGUUCGGUCAAUGGCAGAUUUACCAAAGUUCUUCCUCUUGGGAUACGAUAAAGAAUGCCCUUCGGUUUUCAAGUAA